CCAUUUCCUCAUAUCUCAUGCUUCAUUGGCUCAAAGGGAAAGAUAUUCGCCCACCAAAACAAAAGGAGAGAAGCAAAUUCCCGGUGGGCUUGCGUGAUCUCAAACAGUAGAAGCGUAUCGGUCUUAUUUGGCUUUCUGGUGCUCACAAGAAGAAGAUGAGCGAGGAAAGAGGCGGAAGGAGCGAAUGAAAAGAAGAGCUUCAGGCGUCCUUGAGUUGUAACGCCUACCUGUGAAAACUUCACCGUUUGCUCUGCUACGUGCCACCGUGCAAUUGGAUUUUUAUGUCUUUAAGUAGGAUUGAUAAGAUAGAGAUCAAACUAAAGCACAGUUGAUCAUGCAAGAUGAAACUUUUAUACAGAAUUUUCCCUUAUCUUUGCUGUCGCUCUCUGACAACGGUCUUGUAUUUUCUCCCAGGCCCAUUCAUCUAAUAAGCUCCUAAAAAACCUGCCAAGAAGAAGGAGGAGCUUGGAUUUUAAGUUUCAUUAUAGACAAAGGAAAAGGAUUGGGGGAACCCCUGACGAUUUUGAUGCAGAAAAUGAGAAGUACAGGUUUCUCUGCUAGGAAAGAGCCAUACCAGCAAACAAGAAAAUCAUAAGAGAGAAAAAAAAAGGCUUGCGAAAGCUAGGAUCCAAGCAGACCAAUACAACAAUAAAGUCCUUUAUCUCAUUCCUAGCUUUUUCAUGAUCCUUGCCAAAUCAAACAAUUAAUUUUGUUUGCAUGUCAAAUCCAACAUAUGUUGUUCAUGUCCUAGGUUGAUGAAAACUUAGUAAAAAAGCCGGACUUAUAGAUUGUCCAUCACCCUAGAACAUGCAACAAAUGAUAUAAUUAUCUCUCUCCUUACAAAAACACCAGCAAACUGCCAUCAAGCAAUUUGCUAGUUCUAUUGCAAUUGCUUCAACCCCAUGAGUGGUGCUGCAUCAAAGUAACAUAGCAGCCUUGCCACAAAAUGUAAGAUAUAACCCAGCCAGUCCAUUUCCAACCAAAUCACUGAGCAACCAAGAAAGCCAGUAAGGCUUAGUAAUACCAUCUUUAUAUGAGUCCAAUCCCUGAAUUUUUUUUUUCCUCCAAAAGGCAUGUUAAUUAACUACUAGUUUCACUCACCAGGCUAACUUGAAGGGAAUCUUGGAAGGUAGUCAAGGAGGAGGAGAAACAGCCUAUUUCAAGUGGAAAUGGAGACAAGGAAAGCUAGAGUCUUGCCAUCCUUAUUGUUAGCACUGAUGCUCUCUUGCUUACCUUUUGGAGUUCAUUCGAAUUACCAUGAAUCCAAGAUCCACUAUCAUGAUUUUAUUGUUGACUUGUCACCAUACAUUCGGCUCUGUAAAACAAAAAACAUCCUGACUGUAAAUGGGCAAUUUCCUGGGCCAACUCUCCAUGCCCGCAGAGGAGACACCAUGGUUGUCAAUGUCCAUAACAAUGCUAGCCACAAUAUAACUAUCCAUUGGCAUGGAGUAAUACUACAGUGCAACCCAUGGGCAGAUGGUGCCUCAUACAUCACUCAGUGCCCCAUCCAGAGAGGCCAUAACCAUACGUACCGGUUUGUGCUAAGCAAAGAACAGGGAACCUUUUGGUGGCACGCACACAACCAUGCUGCACGGGCCACAGUUCAUGGCGCUAUUAUCGUGUCUCCACGUCCAUUUUCCAAAUCCCAGAACCCAUUCCCGGUACCUCACGGUCAGAUGCCAAUAAUACUCGGAGAGUGGUGGAAUGGAGAUGUGAUGGAGGUGUACAGAGAGGCAGUUGAAAUGGGAGGACAUCCUGUGCACUCUGAUGCUUACACCAUCAAUGGACAGCCUGGUUAUCUCUAUCCAUGCUCCAAGUCAGAAACCUUUAAGAUGUCGGUGGAACAAGGUAGAACUUAUCUUCUUCAGAUCAUCAAUGCGGCCAUGGAUGAGCAGUUCUUCUUCUCCAUUGCUCAGCAUCAGAUGACAUUGGUUCGGAUUGAUGGAAGCAACACUAAGGCCCUGGCUACUGACUAUAUAAUGAUCUCCCCUGGCCAGGCCAUGGAUGUCUUAAUAGAAGCCAGCCAACCUUCUGGCUACUAUGUCAUGGCUGCCAGUGCUUUUGACAAUGGAAUGGGAUCUAUGGGACACAUGAUUGCUAUGGACUCCAUGAGUUUUAUGGGACCUAUGACUGCCCAAACUGUGACCACAGCUUUCCUUCAGUAUACUGGCUCGCCUUGCUCUCCUCCAUCAUCCCCUACGUUACCAUCCCUCCCUGCUUACAAUGAUUCACUUGCAGCCAAUAAUUUCACAAGUCACCUGGCUAAUCACAGAAAAAAUUUGGAGUUCUAUCUCAGGGAUGUCGAGGAGCAUCUCUUCUUCACUCUCUCGGCAAACUUGAUCAACUGCGGUGCUAAAAAGACAUGUGAAGGAGAGAUGGGCAUGAUGAACAAGGCCAGUAUCAACAACAUAAGCUUUGUGAAGCCCCGAGUAGAUGUGCUCCAAGCUUACUAUUAUGGUCUUCAUGGUGUUUAUGAUGAAGAUUUUCCAGGAGAGCCACCACUAAAGUUCAAUUACACUGGCAUGAACAUGAUGAACAAGAGGCUGUGGGAGCCAGAGAUGGGCACCAAGGUGAAGGUGUUGGAGUAUAAUACGCUUGUCGAGCUUGUUUUCCAGGGGACUAGUGUAGUGUCUGGCGAGAGCCAUCCAAUGCAUCUUCAUGGACAUAGAUUUUAUGUCGUUGGAUGGGGGCCUGGGAAUUUUGACCCCGAGAAGGACCCUCUUCAUUACAACCUUAACAAUCCACCUCAAGUGUCCACUGUCGCAGUUCCAAAGAAUGGCUGGACUGCCAUCAGAUUCAGGGCUAACAAUCCUGGUGUUUGGCUUCUCCAUUGUCACUUUGAGCAUCACCAAAGUGUAGGCAUGAGCAUGGUGUUUAUAGUUCAAAAUGGCACAUGGAAGUCCCAAAGGGCUCUUUCUCCUCCACCUCGAGACAUGCCUGCUUGCUGAAAGGUAGCAUCCUUUUCCGAAGAACUUGAUUGGAGACCACUUCUUUAGUUUAGAGAACCAUUAGCUAAGUGAUUAGCCACAAUUAGCUGUUCUCAGCUCCCUUUUCUUU